AUGCGUUCGGUGUCCAACUUUGGCCUGCUAGCCCUCUCCCUUGCAGGCAGCGCUCUGGCUGCCCUGAGCAAACAAAGCUAUGAUUAUAUCGUGGUUGGUGGUGGACCAGCGGGAAUCAUCACCGCUGAUCGCCUCUCCGAGACAAACAAGCAGGUCUUGCUGAUCGAGAGAGGGCCAGGUCCUACGAUAGCAACAGGAUCUAACCACUCUCUGGUCUGGAAUGAUACCCUGACGCCCAUUGACGUACCUGGACUUACAUCUGCGGUGGGUGGACUUGAUCUCUGGAACGAGUACUUAUGCAAGGAUACUGCGGCUUCCGCUAUUUGUGUUCUUGGCGGCGGUGCCACUGUCAACUUUAUGGUGUUCGUCCAUCCACCAGCGAGAGAUUUCGACGACAAGUGGCCCAAGGGUUGGAAGUGGAAUGAUAUCGCCCCUGCGGCAGCGAAGUUUUACGAGCGCAACCCGGGUUCAAACACCCCAUCUGAGGAUGGCCAGCGCUACGAUCAGGGCAUGUACGAUACCUUUGCUCCCUUUUUCGACGGACUUGGCUGGAAGGCGACCGAUAUGUCCAAGGAAGCCGAUGAGAAGCAUCAGGUUUACAGCCACCCUACCUGGAACAUCAAGAAUGCCAUGCGGGCUGGACCUGUACGGACCUACCUGCCCUUCUCCCAGCAGCGGGAUAACUUCACUCUUCGCCUUGGCAGCAAUGUCAUCCGUCUUGUGCGCAAGGGCUCGCGUGUGACGGGAGUCGAGAUUCAGAACUCGGACGGAAGCAGCGAGAUUGUCCAGCUGAACAGGAACGGACGGGUAGUCCUGGCCGCUGGUGCCAUGUCUACUCCCAAGGUUCUUUUCAACUCUGGUAUUGGUCCCAAGGAGCAGAUCCAGACCGCUAAGAAGACUGGCGUUACCCUGCCAGAUGAGAAGGAAUGGAUUGAGCUGCCAGUUGGCAAGAGCUUCAAGGACCACAACAUCUUCACUUUGAACAUCCAAACCAACGAGACCUGGGGCCCUCUGGAUAGCACCAUUGUCCUCGAUGGAACCGAUACCAAGAACAUCGAUCUUUAUGAAAGCACUGGCUCCGGCGUUCUCACCCAGGGAAGACACAGAAUGGUCUUCUUUACUUCCAAUGUUGGCAGCGAUGGUGUUACCCGUUACUACCAAGGUUCAGCAGCCCCUUCAGACACUGGUCUGGUUUCUUUGAAGGUUUACCAGACCCACGGCCUGACCUCAGAGGGUGUUUUGGGAUUGGCAGCAGAUGGAAAGACGACAGUCGUGCAGAGUCCUUACCUCCAGACCGAGGGCGAUCGCGAAGCAGCUACCGCCCUUGUCGACAGCCUCGUCAAGGAUAUCACAUCCAACCAGGGAUUCCAGAUUGUCGGCUACACCAACACGUCUGCCGUCAUCAAAGCAGCGACUGGGGGCAAUCACUUUGUCGGCACCACGAAGCUGGGAACUGACGACGGCCGCAAGGGUGGUUCCUCUGUCGUUGACACGAAUGCCAAGGUCUACGGGACGGACAACCUGUUCAUCACGGAUGCCAGUAUUCAUCCUGACCUCCCUUCUGGCAACAGCCAGGCCAUUGUCAUGGUUGUUGCUGAGGCAGCAGUGGAGAAGAUUCUCGCCUGUUAG